GCGAUCAGUAUUUAAAGUCACUUACAGUUUACACACUUGCUUUUGUUGUGUAUACUACCACGGCGAAUUUAAAGUUGUAUAUUAAAGUCGUAAUGUAUUUAAUAUUUGAAUGACCUCAUCCUGGAAUUGCGAGUAAUUUAAAAUUUUCCACCCACACUAUAAAACUGAAUGCAAGGUUUAAGCAAGGCGAGCAUACCAAAUAAAGUCAUAUUUUGUUGAGGUACCUUGUAUCUUGGACAACGAAUAUAAACGUAUCUUUUAAGGAGAUGUCGAGACCACGGCCCCAGUGGCAGCUGCAAGCAAUUGCAGCUCGAAAACGAGACAAUGAACUUCGUAAGGCUGACGAGCUAAGAAAAGUUGCUUCUUAUUUUGAAAAGAAUACCCAUAAGUCAAGGCAUCAUGAGAACUGGACAACAGAAGAUUAUUACGAAAAAGCUAAGAAAGAAGCUGAUAUGUUGAGUGAAAAAAAGAUUCGAGCUGUACAAUUAGAAGAAAGGCGAAAGAAGUUAGAGUUAAUGUUAUUUCAAGAGAAUAUGCAGUAUCAACAAGAGAUUAAGGCAUUGGCAGCACAACCCAAGUUUUAUAAAAAUGGAUCUUACCUCAACAAAGUUCCCACAUCAACCCUGCAAGACAUCAACCAAGGUAUCAUAGAAAAAGAGGAACAUUUGAGACGGCAAGAAGCUGAAUUAAAGUUACAUCAUGCAUGGCGACUUCGUCAGCCGGAAUUGAAAGCAGCCUGCUCUUAUAUUGCUAAUGGAAAACUUAAAUCGGCUUGGUUGGAGCAAAUAGUAGAAAAAGAAAUGCAAAAGAAGAAGGAUGAAGAAGAGACUCGUAAGAUCCUCCAAGAAAGAGAUGAGGCCCUACAAAAGCAAAUACUGAUAGAAGAAGAAAGACUUAAAGAGAAAGAGCUAAAAAUGAGGGAGCUCAGAAGUAGCCUAGAGGGCCAAAUAUCGGAGUUGAGUGAGAAAGAGACAGCUGUGAAAAAGCUUCGUAAAAUGGAGGAGCGAGAGAGAAUGAUAUUAGAAGAGCUACAGUUCAUUUCGAAGGAAAGAGAAAGAGAGCACGCGAAACUGGUGGCAGAAAGAGACGCAAAUAUUGUGAAUAUGGGUUUGCACAAAUUUAAGUUGAAGAAGAAAGUUGUGUCCGUUUUGAAUGAAAUUAGCUUGGAUUUGAAAAUGUUGCAAAAGGUCAAAGAAGCUGUUGUGAAGGACUAUGAAUCUGAAAAAGAGAAAAAAAUAACUUACAAACGACUACUUGACGCGGCACUACUUGAGUUAGAAGAGCACAGAGAGAGGGACCGACAGAGACAGAAGAACAUUGAGACGAUGUAUGACGGUGAAGCGAGACAGCUUAAUGAGAAACAAGAUAAGAUAUGGGCGAAAGAACGCGAAGCACGUGGUAUUCUUAUGAAAGAAGUUAUUGCUACGUUAAAAAAGCAAGUAGAAGAGAAGAUCCAGUUGAAUAUAGAACAGCAGAGGGCGAAUGUUCUCGAUCGGGAGAAGAUUCUAGAACAUAUGGACAGCUUCCACCAGGAAGUCAGAUCUCGGGAGAGGGAUACUCAGUUAAAAAACACAUCAUAUUCAUCAAUAAACGCUCUUCAAUCCCAAUUGAAUAGCCUGAAAGUACAAAAAGAGAAGAUAGAUGCAGUAGCACAAAGAGAGUCGGAAAUAAAAGAGGCGAUUUUCAACGAAAGAAGUGUUCGACAAGAGAUUGCGCGAGCGCAGAGGGCAGGGAAUACUCAGGCUUGGGCUUAAAUAUGAUUUUUCAUCAAAAACCUAUUUUAAAUUUAAUAUAUGAAUUUAAAGUUAAAAAACCCCUACACUAUAUAAUAAAAAUUAGUAACAGUCUUUUUAACUAUGUAUGGGUUACAGGCAAGAUUUGUUUGUAAUGAAUAAACGCUAAAACUACAGCCUUGCGAUUCUGUAACUCACUUUUCGAACUGACACAGCGGUUUUAACAAUAAACUACAAGUUCCCUCCUUAUCAGAAUGCCAAAUCGUAAAAU